UAUCUGAUGGGUGAUGGAUGCUCAGAAAGAUUCUCUGGGAAGACUUUUUCAUCAUUUACUUUGUGAAAAUGUACAGAAGAAGCUAGACUGUUGUUGCUUCGACUAGGACUUUCAAAGGGGGUUAGUUAGUUGGAGUCUGAAGAUCAUAGUGAGAAGAUGUGCACUUUGACUUGAUAACUGGAUUGGAUUGGUUAUGAUUGGUGUUUUUCUAUUGUAAAUGUGACUCUAUUCUGAACCACAUACAGCUUUGAAAGAAGAAUAAUAUGCUAAAACGUCUAGAACUUGAGAGUUCAACAUAUUUACUCUUAUACAAAGUUGUUUCCUACGGUGAUAUCAAAUUCAUUGUGAAUCUCUGUGAAGUGUUAUGGCUUCCAUUCGAAAGUAGUGUAGUAAGUGCUUAGCCUAACGCAAUGUAUGAACGGCGAAGCCAUUACCUACUUGGCGGAUACUGUCAAGUAGUACUAAGGCGAUAUGAGAAGUUUCAUCCGAAUUAAACGUAAAGAAAACUUUUCCUGUCGACCACAGGACGUGACAAUAUUGAAUUGAAAUCAAGCUGAUAUUGUUCUGCUUGUCGUGUGUUGGAGUUUUUGCGGUUGCCACAGACAGUCCUGUAUGUGAUAGCGAGAGAGUUAGUCGCAGAUCGGGUGGAAAAAAUAAAUAAAAGGAUCACGGACCUUGCCUCAGCGGAUACGGUUGAUAAAUUUCACGUAGGAAAAUACACAUGACCAAAGCAAGAAGUAUGUCGAAGAGCAUCGAUUACCGAACACUGAUAGCACGUGGCAGUCCGGCUCGCAGCAUGCACAACAUUAGGAUUCCUUCGCGUAAAGCUCGUUUCAAGCUGGCUUUGAUCUUGGUUAGUAUUCUGCUGCUAUUUCUGUAUAGCAUCAGUUUGCCGUCGUGGAUCUAUGGUGGCGGUACGGGUAAUCCUUACUGGGAGGAUGCAUUCAUCACCAAGGACGACGAGCAGCAUUUCAACUACAACAGUUCGUACUUUGUCAACACACCUGGCUGUAAAAUGCCCAGCCUGCCGAUAAUGGAUGACCACAUUCAGAAGUAUGUUGAGCCGGUGGAACGAUUGAAUUGUACUCCAGCAUUGAUCCAAAGUGAUAGCAGCUCAAUUUGGUUCCAACUAUCUGAACAGGAUGUCGAGAGGUAUUACGAUUUGGUCAACGCAAGCAUGAUUCAGUGUUGUUACAGGCCGUUCGAGCGUCGAUCAAAUAACAGAGUUAAAGUUGUGGGAGUAGAGCAUUGCUUUGAUUACGGAGAACGAGCUCCGAUCAACAGCGAGUUCAUUGCAGUUAUUUGUACGCACUCAAGUAGAAAGAAAUUCGUAUUCUAUAGGGAUUAUUUUGCAUUUGUACCAUUGAAACCCAAAGUUGAGGAGCGAUGUACGAGGCUAAAAAAUGAUCUGAAGGCUAUACGCGAGCCAAACAAGGAUGAGCUAGGAGUAAUGAUCCUUGGCAUUGAUAGCGUUUCAAGACUGAACUUCCACCGGCAAAUGCCUCAAACUGUUGAGACAGUGAUUGAACGAUUGAAAGGAGUGGAAAUGUUCGGUUACAAUAAAGUCGGUGACAACACUUAUCCAAAUCUCGUUCCAGUUCUAACGGGUUUGGAUUUGGAUGAACUAGCAGCAGCAUGUCUUCCGAAUAGUACUUCUAAUAGUACUUUUGAUUUAUGUCCUUUUGUAUGGCACAAAUUUGCUGCUGUUGGCUAUCGGACGUUCUACGCCGAAGAUAGUAGUACACUAGAAACGUUCAACUACCUGAGAAAGGGCUUCCAUGACCAACCAACUGAUUAUUAUUUGAGAAAUUUCUUCCGGCAAGCGGAAUCAUCGAUUGGUUAUAACAAGAAAGUGAAUUCUAAGUUAUGUCUUGGUGGAAGAAAUCCUACGGAAAUUCUGGUGGACUAUGCCAAGAAGAUCGUUGUUGCAAUGGCUGAUCGGUUAAGUUUUGCCCUUUUGUGGGCUUGCACAGUCACCCAUGAUAUGCUGAACUAUCCCUCAUUGAUUGAUGGAGACUACAAAAGUUUACUGGUGCACAUGGAGAAAGAAAAAUUUCUGGAAAAUAAUGCUAUCGUUUUGCUUAGCGACCACGGCAUACGUUGGGGUAGCUACCGCAACACAUAUCAAGGUAUGAUGGAAGAGAGGCAACCAUUUUUGUUUAUCAUUCUGCCUAAAUGGUUCCAACAGAAAUAUUCGAUAGCGUACCGCAAUUUGCGUAAAAAUCGUCAGCAGUUGACGUCUCAUUUUGAUCUGUAUGAAACGCUAAAAGACUUAGCGCAUUUGUCAUCGUUAACGCCUGCAGCAAUCAAGAGGCGUUCCUUAGAGCUACUAGAGACUAAGCCUACACCGCGGGGCAUCAGUCUUUUUCUACCGAUCGCACCAACUCGAACAUGUGAAGACGCCGGAAUAGCUGCGCAUUGGUGCACCUGCCAUGACCAUAAACCUAUUGCAACCAAUGACUACCGUGUAAUCACCGUGACGCGUUUCGCGGUGAAAAGUUUGAAUCAAAUGCUGAAAAAGUACCCGCAGUGCAGUGCUUUACAUUUAUACACGAUAGAAGAUGCAACUUUGGGCAUUUCAACCGAGGAGAUAAUAUCAAAAAAACCUACCAAUCACUUCAGUGACAUUAGUGUUCGAUUCGUAACGAAGCCUGGUGGGGCGGAGUUUGAAGCUACGAUUCGAAUCGAUUCCAAUAAUCAAAGCUCAUUAACGGGAAGUGUGAGUAGAACAAAUCUUUACGGGAAGCAGAGCUACUGCGUAGACGAUUAUCGGAUGAAGCUGUAUUGUUUUUGUGCUAGAUAGAAAUUGUUGGUUUAUUGCUGAACCACUCGACAUCCGAUCAGUUUCAGGUGACGGUGGUGAUAAAUGUGAUUUUUUUUGUGAUUGGAUGGUAGACUGUACUCAAGAAUUGUGCUUAGUUUACACUAGCGAUUUGCAGCAAGUAUGUUUCAAACAAUACUUUCACCUCAAAUUCUACAAAGACCAAAAUGAAAAAGAUCAAUAAUCCUUUGCAAUGACAGGUACGAAACCUAUUCUGAUGUCGAAGCGUACAUCUUCAUAUAGACUGUUAAAAGACAUUCAAUUAUUUUAGUAACGCUUGGUCACCGCGAUAUGAGUCUCAUUAGGCCUUAGUUAUCAAAUUUUCUGAGUUGUAAAAAUAGUUGUGCGUUCGUUUAGAUAUGUAAAUUAUUUCAGAACAAAACUGUAAUUUAUAAGUUUAGAACAAUAUAACUUCUUCAAGUUUAUCUCGGAUACGAACCACGUUGUCUGAAAUUUAUUAUUUCAACUGUAACGAACUGUAGCUUUUCCAUAUUCAACUCAUCGUUCACAAACUGAAACAAUAAUACUUAUCAAUGUUGUGUUACUCAUUAAGUUUGUUGAAAUAGAUUGACUGGUCGUAUUUGAUAAUCGAUGUGAGAAGUUGACACUCUGCAUUCUUUGAACUAAAUAAACUUUGUUGGAUCAAAACGAUAGAAACACCAGCUGGUUUAAGUUUGUUGAAGCACAAAUAUGGAUAUUGUGACGAUUAAUAUUUUCUAAUGUAGAUUUCAUCAAUGCCUGUCGCUACACUCUCAUCUACUAAUAGUUAAUAUCUCGUUUUACUAGACAGCAUACCAAUGUACCAGCGUAUUUAAAUUUCGUAUGACAAGAUCGAAUUGAGUUUUGAGUAGAUUCUUAAUUUACCUCAAUAAACUAAUCAAGCAAUACACUUCAACUGACACCAAUUCGAGUGGAUAGCAUAGGUGAAUCUUUAGAAUGCCAAAAACGUCUUCUAUCACAUGAGAUAAUAAAACGUUGAUAUCACAGAUUUGUUAAUCAACGUGUCAUGAACAAGAAAUAAGACUCUUAAAGACGAAAUUUUUUUCCGGCUUGGAACUUGAAUGACAUAUAACAUUUAAUUUCAGAAAAGAAAUAAUACGCUUUGAUUGAGGAGAGGUUCUUAAGUGAUACGAUAUUUUUGUUUAGAACAAUAAUAAAUAUUUUUUGUAUACAA